AUAAAUAUUUCAUUGGUACGUGAAACCAGAUUUGUUGCUGUUGUUAUAGAAACUGUCUUAACCACUAAUCUUAAUAGUACCGUAAUAUACAGCCUAUGAAAAAUACACAACUGAAUGUGAACAUUUGUGAGUUGAAAGAAUUUUCAAUAAAGUUAAUGAAAAAAAUGAGAGGCAACUCUGAUUGGUCUACUUGGCUGCCAAUCAAACGACCACACCCACGACAUGGGAGCGGUGCAGUUCUUUUUUUUUUCUUUUAUUGAACAACUGAACAUGACAGGAGCGGUACAGUUCUGACACAGAACUUAGAAUGUCCAACAUGUGGAUCCUCUGUUCGGUUCUGUUCUUGGUUCUGUUCGGUUCGUCUGUUUCCAGAACAUCAGAUCUGGAUGUCACUGCUGAACCUGGAAAUGACGUCACUCUGAGAUGUGGAGAUACAAACAUCAACGAGGUUUUAGUUUUAAUGUUGACCAGAUCUGAUCUCCAGGAGGACAAAUACGUGUUUUUCUACAGGGAUAACCAAGUUGAUCUUAAAUAUCAGCACGAAUCUUUCAAGAACCGAGUGUCUCUGAAGAACAGUCAGAUGAAGGAUGGAGAUCUGUCUGUGGUUCUGGAGAACGUGAAGACUGAAGAUUCUGGAACAUACCAGUGUAGAGUUGUGAAUGAAAACGAUCCACAGAGAGAACUGACUCUGAUCUCCAGCAUCCGUCUGAUGGUGAUUCCUCCGUCAGGACUGAUCACUGCUGAACCUGGAGAUGACGUCACUCUGAGAUGUGAAGAUACAAGCAUCACCAAGGUUUUAGUUUUAAACUGGACCAGAACUGACCUGCAGAAGAAUAGAGGAUAUGUGUCUUUUAGAAUGAAAACUCCUGCAGAUCCUGAAGGUCAACCUGAAUCUUUCAAGAACCGAGUGUCUCUGCUGGACAGUCAGAUAAAUGAUGGAAAUCUGUCUAUGGUUCUGAAGAAUGUGGAGAUUGAAGAUUCUGGAACAUACCAGUGUAAAGUCAAUUAUGAAAAUGGUCCAUCAGGAGAUCAUCUGAAGCUGAUCUCCACCAUCAAUCUGCAGGUGUCUCCAGGAAACACAGAAGGAAUCCAUUGGGGUUAUUUUGGUCUGAUCGUUGUGGUGGUUCUCAUUUGUUGCUGCUGUUCCUGUUGGUUUUUUUUCCGGAUCUCCAAUAAGAAGGAAAGGCCCAAGUCGGCACCUGUAAUAUUCAUGCCGACUGAUGAUAUUCAAUCUACAGAAAAAUGUAUUGACGAAACACACAAAGAAAACACUGACCAGGAGUCUGAAGAUUUGAUAUCAUUUUCUGGACUGGACUCAGAUGACAGAAACGAUGAAAACAUCUAGAAAAUCAAGGAAGUCAAAACAGCAGCAGAUGCAACAGCAUAAGAGGUUCCUCAGAGAAAUUCCAUCCUCCUGUGAAAGAACUCCAACAAACAUUUGAAGGUUUAUUGUAUAUUAGUAAAGAUUGAUGUUCCUAAAAGUUAAGAAAUGUGGAGAUCAACCUGCAGAGGAGCUGCAGCUGCUGAUGUGUUCUCUGGUGUUGAUCUGCUGCUUUGGUCUCCAUGAAUGCUGCCUCUCCUUUCUAACAUCAACCAGAAGGUCUAUUCUGUCCUGCUUUACAUCACAGUAACAUGGAGUCAUCCUCCAAUCACAGCAGCAUUCAAACAGACCCUCAGCAUUUCAACAUGGCCGCCUUAUUGCUAAGCAUCUGUUCUGAAUGUGCUAGCUCGCUAACGUUAAGGGUUCUUCAUGUCAGAGAUUGGACCAGAAUGAACUUUAAGACGUGAACAGAAGCACCAGGAAUAACUGUUGAAGAGUUUCUGUUCCAUUCCAGAGUGGAGGUGUGUCUAGAAUGUUCUGAUCAGGAUGAUUGAGAAUGAUCUGAUGUUCAUCAUGUUCAUCAUGUUUGUGGAGAACUUGCUGUUAGUGCUUGAUCUGCUUUCUCUGGAUCAACUCAUGUCAACAUGUGGAUUUGUCUUCCUCUGAUGGUGAAGAAGCUGUUCAUCACUGCAGCUCAUCUUCAUCAUCUUUCUGCUGGAAUAAACACUUCUACACAC